AUGGAGAGGAUCAUGAUUGCAAUUACUUUCGGGUUCUACUGUUUCCCCUGGAAACGGUGGAGAGACGUCCUCAUCUGCUGCAGCCCAGCAGUGGCUCCCGUUUCUCCUCCUACACCUGGUCACUACCAUGUCCUCUGCCGAGAGUGUGGAGAAACGCAGUUUGGCCGGCACGGGGAGACAUACUCCCUAGUUGGUGGCGACCGGGUCUACGGGGAUGUUCCUUUGGCCACGCCAGCAAAGGUGGAAGCAGAGAAGCCAGUCCCUAGACGUGCUCCCAAGAGAAAGCAUGCUCCGGAAGAGUCGGACAAAGAUCUUGGUUGCUCCAGACCCAAAAUCCGUCGAUUGUAGCAUGGUGCCCGGAGGCGGACUCCACAGAAUCUUUCUGGCUGAGUCAUUCUGAAGAGAGGGCAAUGGUUUAACUGCCUAAGGCAGCGAAUGCCUCUUCCUGCAGUGACCCCCCCCCGCCCCCCCACUGCCCACUGCCACAGAUUAGAACCUGAGUCAUUCUGCCUGAGCCUUCCUCAGCCAGGAGCCUCCUUCCACACUAAAUGGCCGUAAGCAAGGAGCCUCAGAAACUGAGUUUUGAAUGAGAAUCUGCCCUGAACAUCCCAGGGCUGAAGCUGGCCUGGAAGAAAACCUGACGUUCCUCUGCUCAAUCCUCAGGGGCCCCUUUGUGAGCUGAAGAAAGAAAAGUCUACACUCUGCGAGCCGAGGAGGAUGCAGGAGCACAGACAGGGUGCAGAGAAGCCUUAGCAGUCUACCACAUGGGCUCCCGCCCUGAGCCAUUGUCAGCGGCCACCACCACAAACCAGGGGGGAGCUGGGCUUUUUGAAACUGAAAGCAGCAAUCUGUGGCUUCCCAAAGAACCUUCUGCCUGGGGUCUCAGGAGGCAGGACAGAGAGACCCAGGAAGACCUGCUCCCUGAAGCAAGAACAGGAUGGAGAGUCAAGCAGCAUGCACCCUGCCCCGAGGUUCACAUGCUCCUUUAUUGCCAGCCCUUUCUGUCCCCAGUGGGGUCAC